UACGUGGGACUUGUCAAGUGCAAUGAAGUAGCGUUCGAGAACCCUAAAUCAUGCGUUUGUACAGAAAAGAAAACGUGUUUACAUAAUGUGGUCAUUUUUCGCUAGAGAUCCGUCUAAAGAUUUUCCUUACGAGAUAGGAGACAUAGUGACAGGACUCGAGGAUAAAAGUGUAUGGGCUCUUCAUCAGGCAAAGAAAAAGGGAACAAAUGAAGAUGUUUCGGUGUUUGUCUUUGAUUUGCGGACUGGUAAUGAAACUCAGUUUGAUGUUGCAAGAGCAGCUGUUAAAAGACUGAAAACACUGCGUCAUCCAAGUAUCUUGACGUACUUGGACAGCCUUGAAACUGAGAAGGUUUUGUACUUGGCUACAGAAUUUGUUGUGCCUCUGGAAACUCACUUGGCACAGCUUUCAAGGGAAGGUCAUCAACGUGAUCUAUACUUGUCAUGGGGAAUAUUUCAGAUUACUCGUGCUUUAAGCUUUCUCAAUAAUGAUGGGAACUUGCGUCACAACAAUGUCUGCUUGUCAUCUGUAUUUGUCAAUACUGCGGGUGAAUGGAAGCUGGGAGGUGUUGAAUACAUGGCAGGUGCUGUCGAAGGGACUGGCCUUCCCAUCAAAAUUCUUCCUACUCUUGAGAAAUAUGAUCCACCUGAAAAAGCUGACCCAAGUAGACAGAGACUCAUUACAAAAUGCUCAACGGACAUGUGGGGACUUGGGUGUCUCAUCUGGGAAGCUUUCAAUGGUUCCUUGCCUCAGCAAUCUUCUCUCAAAGACCUGAAUAAUAUUCCCAAACAGCUCAGUACUGUGUAUUGUGAGCUUGUUGGAGCAAAUCCUGCAAGUAGACCUAAUCCAGCUGACAUUAUAACAAGAUGCCGGAAAAUUGGAGGAUACUUCAAGAAUGAUUUAGUUGAUGCACUACUCUUUCUUGAAGAAAUUCAGAUUAAAGAAAAAAAUGAAAAGAAUAGAUUCUUCAGCUCAAUAACAUCACAGCUUGAUAGCUUUCCAGAAAAUGUUUGUCAACAUAAGAUUUUACCGCAGCUCAUUACGGCAUUUGAGUACGGUGAUGCAGGUUCAGCUGUCCUAAUGCCCAUGUUUAAGUUGGGCCGUCUCUUAGAUGAAGUCGAAUAUCAGAAGAAAAUAGUACCCUGUGUUGUUAAACUCUUCAGUUCCAAUGAUAGAGCAACAAGAAUACGCUUAUUGCAACAACUGGAACAUUUCAUUGGUCAUCUGCAAUCAAAUAUUGUAAAUGAACAAAUCUUCCCACAAGUAGCCAAUGGUUUUAUGGACACAAACCCAACUAUCCGUGAACAGACAGUAAAGUCUAUUAUUCAUCUGGCUCCAAAAUUAAAUUACAAUAACUUAAAUGUUGAGGUUCUAAGACAUUUUGCGAGACUUCAGUCAAAGGAUGAUCAGGGUGGUAUUCGAACAAACACCACUGUGUGCCUUGGGAAAAUAGCUCAGCACCUGCAUCCACAGAUAAGACAAAAAGUCUUAAUUUCUGCUUUUAUAAGAGCCAUGAGGGACCCAUUUCCUCCAGCUCGGAGUGCUGGUGUUCUUGCUCUUGCUGCAACACAACAGUAUUUUCUCCUAUCUGAAGUUGCUACACGAAUUUUGCCAGCACUGUGUCAAUUAACAAUUGACCCUGAAAAAUCUGUAAGAGACAGUGCUUUCCGCACCAUCAAAGGAUUUCUAGGGAAACUGGAGAAAGUUUCAGAAGAUCCCAGUUUGAGAGAGUCAAUGGAGGCUGAUGUCCAUACUGCGACACCAAGCUUGUCAAAUGCUGCAGCAACCUGGGCAGGGUGGGCUGUAACAGCUGUAACUGCCAAAUUUUAUCGCAGCCAAUCUGAUACCGUGAAGUCAAUUACACCAAUGGCGAGCAAAACUCUGAGCAAGCCUGGUUCUCUUGAACAGCCAUCAAGCAGUAGCAUAUCCACUACUACAUCAAGUGUAACAUCAAUGACUUCCUUGGAACAAGAAGAAAGUAAAGGUGGUGAUUCAGUGUCUGACUAUGAUGAAACAUGGGACACAGAAAACUGGGGAGACAUGGAGGCUCCUAGUGGCCAGAUAGGAAUGACAGAACCUCGCAGUCCAUUACCUGGGCAGAUAAGUGGUAGAACAGACCGGAAAGGAACUGAUGGCUGGGACAUGGAUGAAUGGGGCAGUCUUGAAGAAGAGCCUGCAUUAGAAGGUAGUGAAGCAUGUACCUCUGGAGGCGACUGGGGCUCACCUGAUUUUGUUGCUGUGGAAGGAGCUGCUACAAAAUCAGCUAGUAGUUGCAGUUUUGGAGAAACUGCAAAGGAUGAAGUGGCUGGCCUGACUGUAAAAUUACCUGAUGAACCUCGAACUCCAGCAGCUAAAAGUCCUAGUGGAUGGGAGGAAAAUGAAUGGGAGCCAAUUGAAGAGACUGGAGGAGCAUCUAGCAAACUUGAAGAGGCUCGCAAAAAACGUGAAGAGAGAAAACUUCAGAGACAAAAGGAAUUGGAGGCUCGAAGGGCAACGAGGGUUAGCGGUGGCCCCAUGAAGCUUGGAGCAAAAAAAAUUUAACUUCUUUCUCACAUUUUUUGUUAUUGCAUUAUGAGGCCAUUAGUGCCCUACAAAUAGUGUGAAGAGACAUUUAUGACUUUUAUACAAACUUUGUAUAUGUUCAUACCAAAGGUAUCUUGUACUUAUAGGGUGUAAAAGUGCACAUUUCUCUGUUCAUUCCUGCCAUCUGCCAUUUAUAAUGUGCAUGUAAUGUGCAUAUUUCAUGAAUAGAGAAAUGAUUUGAUAUCAUUUUUUAAUCUUAUCAUAUUGUAUUCAGAGAUGUAUUUUAUAAAAAGUAAAAUUAUUAUCUUAAAGUAAUUUCUAUUCAGCACAGUUUAUGCCGUGCUAUUUUUUUGUGAAAAUGUAAUCUCUUACUAUCUCUUUUCCCAUUUCAUUUUUCUAUGAAAACAGCACUCUUUGAAAAGUUUUACAUGUAGGCAUAAAGUACAUUCCUGUAUUUAUAUCUAUCUUUUCUAUUCUUGAAGUGCACUGUUUUAACUGCUUAUGUGAUUUCAAGUAAAAGUUUUGCUGAAAAUUAAACUUUUGCAAAAAUUUAUGAGUAAAAGCUGAUGGAAUUACUGUAGUAUUCUGUAUGCACAAUGGAAGUACAUGACAUUGUUUCCAAGGA